AUGUCGGCCACCAUUGAGGAAAUUCACUCCGACCACUCCGACCACGACCACGACCACGACCACGACCACGAUCACGACCAUGGACAUGAGGAGGACCCCACCUCCCAGGCUGCGCUCGACAAGAUCCAGUCACGUUCGGAGCGCAAGGCGAGGAAGGCGCUGAUCACCCUCGGUUUGAAGAAGGUCCCGGGCAUCACUCGCGUUACCCUUCGCAGGCCCAAAAAUGUUCUAUUCGUGAUCGCGUCCCCUGACGUAUACAAGUCGCCCAACAGCGAUUGCUACAUCGUCUUCGGUGAGGCGAAGAUCGAGGACAUGAACUCGCAGGCCCAGCUUUCGGCGGCCCAGCAGCUUGCUAGCGGCGCGGGCGGCGGCAUGCCCAACAUCCAAAGCUCCACGGGUGGCGCCGAGGACGACGACGACGACAUUCCCGAGCUGGAGGCCGUGGAGGAGGACGACAACGUCGAUGAGACGGGCGUGGAUCCCAAGGACAUCGAGCUUGUCAUUCAGCAGGUUAACUGCACACGCGCGAAGGCAGUAAGGGUGCUGAAGGAGAGCGGUGGUGAUUUGAUCAAUGCCAUCAUGGCUGCAAGCGAGUGA